GUGUAUGUACUCCUGAGAGAGAUCAUGCAAGAAGCAAGGAACUUAACUCAGGCUGAAAGAUGUUCCCUGUUUCUUGUGGAAAAUGAUGAGCUCGUAGCCAAAGUAUUUGAUGGCCAGCUGGAAUCUGGUGAAGUGAGGAUUCCUAUCACACAUGGCAUUGCUGGUCAUGUCGCUAGUACAGGUAACAUCUUGAACAUCAAGGAUGCAUACUCUCACCCUUUAUUCUAUCGAGGAGUAGAUGAUAGUACAGGAUUUAGGACCAGGAAUAUCCUGUGUUUCCCUAUCAGAGAUGGACCAACUGUGGUUGGAAUUGCUGAACUAUGCAAUAAAAUCAAUGGUCUGUUCUUCACAAAACAUGAUGAAGAUGUGGCAUCAGCAUUUUCCAUCUACUGUGGAAUCAGUAUUGUACAUAGUUUGCUAUACAAGAAGAUGAAGGAUGCUCAAUACCGCAGCACACUAGCCAAUGAGCUUAUGAUGUAUCAUAUGGAGGUUGGAGAAGAUGAGACCAAGGUACUUCUCAGCAGUGACAUACCCUCAAUCAAAGCCUUCAGUCCAAGGAUAUCAAACUUCACAUACUCCCCUCGUAGUAUCCCAGACUCAGAAACACUUAAGGCAUGCAUGUGUAUGUUUGAGGACAUGGGUAUGAUCAACCGCUGGCGCAUCAACAGGAGAACCUUAGCCAAGUUCUGUAUGCUGGUAAAAAGAGGCUACAGGGAUCCUCCUUACCAUAACUGGUACCAUGCCUUUACCGUCGGUCACUUCUGCUACCUUCUCUACAAGAAUCUAGACUCCCUCAAUGUCCUCACUGAGAUGGAGGUGUUUGGAUUAUUUGUAGCCUGUCUAUGUCAUGACUUAGACCACAGAGGAACAAACAACAGCUUCCAAGUUCAUUCACAAUCAGUACUUGCAGCUUUGUAUAGCUCAGAAGGAUCAGUUAUGGAGAGGCAUCAUUUUGCACAGGCCAUGUGUAUCUUGAACACAGAGGGAUGUAACAUCUUUGAGAACCUUAACAGAGACGAAUACCAGAAGGCUCUAGACCUGGUCCAGGACAUCAUCCUAGCUACAGACCUGGCCCAUCAUCUCAGGAUCCAUAAAGACUUAGAGAAGAUGGCUAAGGAUGGGUAUGAUGUUGACAAUACAGAACAUCACAAGCUUCUACUCUGCAUGCUGAUGACAUGCUGUGACCUUUCAGACCAGACCAAGAACUGGUCCUGGACUAAGAAGAUUGCUGAGCUGAUCUAUCAUGAGUUCUUCAGUCAAGGUGACCUUGAGAAGGCCAUGGGAUUGGAAACGCCAGAGAUGUUUGAUAGAGAGAAGGCUUGUAUUCCAGAGCUACAGAUAGGAUUCCUUGAUCAUAUAGCCCUACCUCUCUACAGGGUACUUGGUCAGGUGUUACCCAGGACUAAGACAGUGGUGGAUGCAGUGGAGACCAAUCGAGUGAUGUGGACUAAGCUAAGAGACGAGACCAAACAAAGACGGCUUAGCAGCACCAACUCACUAGACUUUUUCCAUAUUCAGUUCAAGAGUGAGCUCAAUGGAGACAAGAUGGCUGAGGAGGACGAAGACAGGGAAGAGACAGAAGCUAAGGCACAGGGUGAAGAUAAGAUUGAUCACAACGAUAAUCAUAAGUGAGGAGAUGACAUCAUGACGGACUGGUGAUUGGACACUUUGAUGGAUGAGCACAGUAAUAUGGAGAAGGGGAGAUAUGUCAUAGAUGGUCAUAGUAGCAACCGCUCAGAUGAUGGCUUGAGUGUUGAGAGUAAACAAACAAUGACAGCUGAACUUGUGCUAUUGGGCAUUAGAUUCCCAAACAAAGAAAAUGUCACCAUUUUACCUCCUUCUCUUUUGGAUAAUCUUCAACAGAGUGACAACAGUUCAGAUUUAAGAAUAAUAUGAGCAGCACGGGAGGAUAUAGCUUUCAUGAAGACAGAUAGCAUGUAUCUCUGUAUAGCCUGAUUGUGGCUAAGAUUUCUACUAGAUAUAUUCUACAUAUUCAGAAUCACUCGACUGUAUUAUCAACAUCUCUGUGAGAGAGUGGUGGUUUUGUUAAGAUAGUUACCAAAUAGGAGAAUGGUGCAUUUUCAAAUCAACAAAUCUUCUGAGGGAGGAAAGGAGUAAUGAUAAAUAUCGACUGGAGUGUGUCUGGCAGUACAUAUGGAUGUAGUAAAAAAAUAUAUGCUUACAAAUGUGUGUCCACAUGUGGUUUAUUACUGAAAUUCUGAAAUAUCAAUGUUCCAUGUCAUUUUCAUUGACCGAAAUCACUCGUUGAUUACAAAGCAGAAAUGUAAAAAAAAUAAUCCCUUCUGGAGAAUCUAAGUUUUGCACAAAUUUAUUUUUUGUCUUUCUGGCCCACUGAUUGCCAAAGAACUAUUUUGAGGAUUGAAAGUUAAAUGAGCAGUAUGCAUCCGUUAUGUUGAUAAAUCCUUGAUUAUAAGAUUAUAGUAACAUAUAUACCAAAUGAAAGGGAAGGUAAGUAAAUGUCGAAAUGGCUGAAUAUAACCUUAACACUCAAUUCACACUGAAUUCUCGCUACCCCAAAUAGGAACAAAAAUCUCAUAAUGCGCGAGACGAGAUAAUUUUCACUCCGUCGGGUCGUCAUCACCACUUCCAGUUCAGAGUCAUGCUCGCGCGAGGUUCGCGAUUCUGAGUUUUCCACCACGCUGAAAUCGAUGCCAAUCAGCGUUAUAUGUACAGAUUAUAAUACUUUUUAUUUAAUUUGGUCAGUUUUGAUUCCAUUUGAAUUAUAAAUAAAAAAUAUAUAUAUAUUUGACGUGAAAAUAAUUUUUAUUCAUGUUUUUAUUUGGUUAUAAAAAAAUUAAACAAAAAAUGAAUAUUUUAAAAUUUCGCAUUUAGCGACCGGCCUGACAUCACGAUCGCAUUCGACUAGACGCUAAAUAUAUACAGCAUUCAUUUCGUUCAAUUUUUCGUCGACCACAAAAUGGAUAUAAAAUCAGUUUCGGAAUUUAAAAAAAAUCUUAACUGACAGAGGAAUACCGUGCAAUGGAAAGCGUCGGGCAGAAUUAGUGACUAGGCAGUUAAACUGUAUCGUGAAAGAGAGGGUUGUGAUCACGAACUUUCCGAGCGAAAGCGACGUUGUGUUGUUGUGCAUGACGGCACUGUUGCAAAACAGUGCAUUGGACUUCCGAACAGGAAGUUGUAAUACCGAAAAGCUAUCCCAUAAUGCAAUGCGCGUUACAGGGAUUUUCCCGGAUCUCGGCGAAAUCGCUAUUUGGGGUAGCGAGAAUUCACGUUGUAAAAAUCUCCAUUGGCCCAAUGUGCAAACAGCUUAAUCCUAAAAAUCAAAAUAAAGCUAUUUUCAUGUUCAUAAGAAGGAGACCCAUUAUCCAAACUUGAUAUCUUCAUACGCUGCAUUUACUUGAUAUGUGGGAGGAUUAUAUAAAAAAUGAAUGUAACCAUCCCUCCGACCAGUACUUCAAAUCACUUUUUUCCCCAUUCUUUUCGACAAAUGUAUUUAUUGAAGCCAUUCUCAAUUGUUUUAUCAUAUGAACAGUACACAUUGUUUCACAAAUAGUAUAUGAAGGUUUGCUUUACAAAAAGUCAUGUCUUUGUGUUGAUUUUGAGCCGAUUCUUCUGGAUGUUUCAGAGUUGUUGAAGAGUGGAACAACAAUAUACAUUUUACAAUAAAUUGGGCCACCUGGAAUAUUUUCUUUCAAAUCACCCAUGCAACACUCACCCAGAAGAGUACAGUUGGGAGAUUUGACAAGCUAAUUGUCCUGGUUGAAGUGUUAUCAACUGAAUCAUGACCAGCAAGAUAGUUGCUCAAAGGUAUGAAGUACAGUCCAAAGAAAAAAAAUCAUAUAUUGUUGAAUAAUACUUUUGUGCAUGAAUGCAAUUUCCUUGGUAAUUCCAGAUCUAUACAAGUAUACAUAGACCUAGAGCCUGAUGCAUAGAAAAUGAAAAACUGUUUUAAUGUGUUGAAUGUUGCAUAAUUCUGUUUGCCAGAGUAUUUUUAUAGCAAAGGAUUUGUGCAACAGGCCCAGGGGUUGUUUCAUAAAGACUCAUAAAGUUUGACUAUAAUCAAUGUGCCAACAUAAAUCUAGGGAUGAAAUUUCAGUAGUGUGCAUCUCUCACACAUGAUGUGACUCACAAACAUCACAUACCAGG